UGGCGCACGCCCGGAAAAUUUGUCUCCGGGACGUCAUAAACAGUGAAAAUGCAUCAACUUUGGGGGCUUAAAUCCUGUAUAUAUCGUAUAGAAACGCAUCUAAUUUUGGUAUCAGUAGUUGGAGAAUGUUGUGAUCUAUCUUUCUGUAAAAGAUUUAUUAAAAUACCUUCAAUUACAAGCGAGAAAUAUCCCAUCGGGUACCGCGUAAUUUCCGCGCGGCAGCCCAGGCCGCCAUACCCCGCACGCGAAAUGUAAACAACUCGGCGUCGGGAAAGCACAUUUUCGGGGGCCGUGUGCAAACGCCCACGGUAAAGCUAGCUAUCAAUUUGUAGACAAGAAUACGAGCUUCAAAAUGAUACCUCUCACCCGCGUGUAUGAUUUCCCUAUCGAAAAUUAUCCCGAUUUAAAAUCUUUAAACCGCAAUUUCUCGAUUACGUACCCCCUAAAAAAAUUUUAGUGGGAUUUAUUUUCGAAAAAUUGAGAAGUUUGCCGUCAUUUUGGUACCAAAUUCGCAUAGAUUUGAGCACGUGGUGAGCCCGAAAUAGGGGGCUACUUUUCCUACCGCCGCGACCAGUUUGGGGAAGAAGCCAAGAUGGCGGACGCCACUGACGCCGAGGCGAAGCGUCGUGCCGGAGCCGCAAACCAGCCGGCAUCCGACGACGAUACGGUCACCACAGCCCACCAAAAUACUGUAAACAAGGUUGGAGAGGAGUGUGCAAGAGUGGGAAUCACUCCAUCUGUUUUGGAGAAUGGAUGGAACAGUCCUGGAGACAGAGUACCACUGACAAAAAUGAUGGUGGUGGAGAUCGAGGUGUACCGCCAAAAUCAGCGGAGGCCCUUUCCUGAAGGAAAGCAGUGGUUGGAGCGACUGCUUGAGCCAGGCAGUUUUGACAGUGUAGAUAACAAGGUUUUACAGUCAUCUCUGAAAGCCUUAAAGGACAAGAAGACUUUGGCAAACAAGAAACAAAAAGAAACAGAGUUGUGCUGAAACGCUACGAAAACUAAGAGAGGAACUCUAUGCACCACCCGCUUCACGUCAAGAAAGGCCACAAGCUUCAAGCUCAGUGUUAGCUGUACAAGCAGCAAAACUCAAGAAACAAAUGAACAUCUGAAAGAGACUGUAAAGGAAAAUGCAAAAACAAUAAAGAAGUUGGUUGUCAGGGAAGGUGAGCUAGAGGCGAAAGUGUCAGAACAUGAGAAGAAGAGUGAAGAAGAUGCGAAAGAGAUGAGGAGAAAGGAGAAGAACUUGAAACAAAGAGAAGAGAAGCUUAGGCUUGAGGAGAAGGAGAAAAAGAAAGCAAGGAACUUGUCCAGGAAGCUUACCCGUCGUGACACAGAGAUCAAGAAGUUGAAGGAAGAGCUAUCUGGACUGGGAGAAAAUGCAGUUCAGCUAGGAGAAAGAUUGUCAAAGGAAACUUUGAAGAAGGAGAAGUUGAGAAAACAAGUUGCGUAUCACAGAACCAGAAAAUCAGUGCAACAAGAAAGUAUUUCUGCGAUGAAGAAGGAUAUGCAGGACCUAAAGAAAGCAAACGCACAGUUGGAAAGCCAGCUACAGCAUGCUGAACUGGAACUGGAACUUGCCCUAAGUAACAGACACCAGAUAGCGUUGCGUGAAGGAUCUCACCCCUCAAGCGCCUACACCAACCGUGUUCGUCACUGCAUUAUGAAACUGUACUCUCACGAAGUCAGUUCCCACAACGUUAGCCAGGUUAUCCAUGAUGUGCUGACGACACUGUGCCAGUAUGAUGUCUCUAUAGAUGACCUGCCAGGGGAAACAUUUUGCCAGCAGAUAAGACAAGAGUCAGGUGUUGUGUCCCGAUGUCAGGUCGUACAAGAAAUGGAAGAUUGUGCCGACGCAACAUUGCACAGUGAUGCCACCUCCCACGAUCAAGUCAAGUAUACGGGGUAUCAGCUGACAACUGGACAAGGACAACACCGGACAGCUGGCAUCAUCAAAAUGUCAUCUGGUCAGUCCUCAGAGCAGCUUGAAGGCCUGAACUUCGUUCUGCGGAAACUUGCCAUGCUGUCCAAAAGUGCUGAUGACUGUACACAACAUUCAAAGAAGCUGCUGUCAAAGAUCAAAAACACAAUGGGGGACGGUGCGGCAAGUCAGAAGCGUUUCAAUGAGCUGUUGGAAGCAUACAGAGAAGAGAUCCUGCCCGAUGUUGUAGAGAAUUGGGAGGAGCUUGAUGCAGAAGUCAAGGAGAGCAUGUGCACCAUGAACCACAUGUAUUGCCAGCUGCACGCGCUUGUCGGGUUCGCUACUUACGCGGAUGAAGCUCUCCAGUCCCUUGAAAACAUCUGGCGGGAGACGUCUGGAAAGCUUGGGGUAGAGAAGCUGAGAGAGUUCCAAAACAAGGACGGGGAGUACAUCUGGGGGAAGGGAGACAGUGCUACACAACGCCUUAUUAGAACUGUCUGCAACAGCAUGGCACCUCGUGGCAACCAGCAGGCAGGCUGCAUGGGGGAAUUCAGCACGUAUCUCAGCCUGAAGGGAUCCAAGCGCACAUCUCUGUUAAAGCCCUUCAAGGGAAACCGAUUUAACAUAUUGUUUGAGUGUGCGGCUGGCGUGUACCACCACAGAAAGGACAUUCAAAACAUGUUUGGUGAGGGCCACCACAAAGCUGGCAACAGGCUGUUACGGGCAGUCCUUGCAGACAUCUCAUCCCCCCACUUCAGGCCAGUUGUAGGGCUCUUGGUAUCCUAUACAGCCAUGUGACUGAGCCAUACUGGCGACUGACGAUGGACUCAAGGGUCCACAUACUGGAUUUGUCCAAGCAACUACAACAUGCCCUGAAGAAGUUCCAGGAAUGGAGUAGUGAUGCCACUCCCCUGCUCAGUGCUGAGUGUCCACCUCUCUUCACCAUCGGAGAUGCUCCAGUCGAACCAGACAGAGCCACAGCUGAGUUCCAUUCCCUGUACGAAGACACCGGCGAUCCGCCGUCAGAUGCCAUGACGAAACAGGCUUUGGAGCUGACCCUGGCAAACAUGAUUGUGGUGUUCGAGAGACGGUUCCACCAGCAGCUGCACGGCAAAUAUCAAGAUGGGGGGAACCAACAAGAGAGGGAGGAGAUGAAGAAUACAUUGAAAACAAACAUAAGAGGAGAACAUGACAUUGGUUACCUGUCACACUUACAAACAUCCAAGCCAUCCAUCAGCAUGAUGGCCCUAGAAGGGCAAACAAUGUUCAAAAUGAACAAAACAGGCGAAUGGCUGGAUGAGCUGUCGACGACCGACCCUGACAAGUAUGCUGCCAUCCUCACAACGGCCAGGAAACAAAGGAGAGCUUUCCAGAAGAUAUACGAUGAGCGACAUGAAACAAUCGACGAGACCAAGAAAGAAGCAAUGAGACAGCGGGCUGCAGAGGCAAAGAAACAAGAGAUGAAGAAACAACAACAAGCCACUGAACGGAUGGAACGGCUUCAGGCCUAUGGUGGACCAGUGGAUGAUUCAGACUCUCUCGAUACAUUCCUGCAGAAAUUGUCAGAGAAAGUAAAAGGCAGAACCCUACAGCUGCAAGUGAUCAAAGACCAACUCAACUAUUUGAAAGCCCAGAAGAAAAGAGCCUGCCCUAAUGACCUGUACAAAU